AGUCCGCAGCACUGGAGGAGCAGAUGUGAGAGGCACGCUGUAGUUGCCAGACGCGCCGCGGUAAUUAGCCGCGGAUAUAUUAACGGGAAUAACCGGAUUAUGAGGAUUUGAGUUGAAGAAGUCGCCAGAAUCCGGUGUCAUACAAGGCGAGGGAUUAAGUUAGGCGUCUUCACUCCUCCUGCCGCCGUUAUGGGAAUAGACCGGCGGCGGAGAGCAUCGCUGGCUCUCACCUUGAACUUCCUCGCCUUGUUCUUGGCCGUGUCGGCUCUGACCACCAGCUACUGGUGCGAGGGGACGCGCAAAGUGGUGAAGCCGUUCUGCACCGGCCCGGUCACCACCAAACAGUCGUUCUGCAUCAGGUUCAACAGCUCCAACAUCAACGACACGCGACUGGUGCAGUACAUCUGGGAAACCGGGGAGGAUAAGUACGUACUGAGGAAGUUUCACACCGGAAUCUGGUUCUCCUGCGAGCAGCACAUCAACAUGACCGGUGAAAAAUGCAGAAGUUUCCUUUACGUUGCACCUUCAAAUGAAAGAGGAGUGCUGUGGCUGUGCAUUGUUGCGGAGUGCCUGUACAUCCUCCUGCUGGCCACCGGGGGCAUCCUUAUGUCCAUAGAGGUGUGUCACUUUGGCAAUGUCAUCGACGGCCUCAAGCUCAACGCCUUCGCUGCCAUAUUCACUGUGCUCUCAGGUCUGUUGGGUAUGGUGGCCCACAUGAUGUUCACCACAGCCUUCCAGCUCACUGUGAGUCUGGGCCCAGAAGACUGGAAGCCUCAAACGUGGGACUACAGCUGGUCGUACAUUUUGGCAUGGAGCUCCUUCACAGCCUGCAUGGCGUCUUCAGUAACCACCAUCAACCGCUACACUAAAACUAUCCUGGAGUUCAAGCACAAGCGCAAGAACAUUGAAAAGAACCUGAAGAUCAAGCAGAAGCUGCUGGAGCUGGACUCUCCAGAGCAAGUGUGGGACAUGUACAUCAGCUCUGUGCCAAGCACUGCAGAGGAGCUGCUGGAUCUGUCAUCCAAUGGUCGCAAACUCUCCAACACCUCCAUCUUCCUGGACCUCAACGACCUGCCCGACCCACAGGGAGAGGAGUACUGCUAGAGGAGCUGUGUGUGGCAUUUUGCAAACAUCAUCAGGUCAUUAUCAUGCUCAUUGUGGUGCAACAAUAUAAUUACUGUAAACAAAGUGAGACCAUGGUUGAGAGCUCUGGUGAUUUGAUACUCCAUAGACAAGCUGAAUAUAAAGUUAAUGUGGUUAACGUUAGCCGGUUUCAACAUCUAGCAGCUAUACGAUGCAACAUUACCUUUCAUUUGGUGUUUCUGGCCACCUUAUAAAUAUAUGUCCAUCAUUCGCCUUACAUUUAGCUCUGUUUUGGUCUCACCAAGUCCUGACAAUUAUAACUGGGACUUAAGCUUAAGCUCACUGAGCAUGUGCUAUCUUUAUCAGUCUGCUGUUUGGUGCUGGGCAGGUGCCGCACGUGGGUUUAUCAAGGGUUUUUGCUGGAAACAGAAUUGAUGAGAUUGGUGAGACUGAAGUAAAUUAAAAAGUUAUAAGCUGAAAAAUGCUAAUGCAUUUUAUAAAGUUGGGAUGCUGUGAAAACAAUAAGUCAAAUAGAAUAUAGAAGAAUAAUAAAUAGAAUAAUCAUUUGCUAAUCCUUUUUGACAUGUAAUGA